AGUCGUGGCGCAGCGGACACAGCGCUUCGGGCUCCUCCCGUCGGCGGCGGCGGCGGCGGCGGCAGCGGUGGCGUGGAUCGCGGCGUUCGCUCGCGGCUCCAGAGAGGCGCGGGCCCAGGAGCAGACAUCCCUGCGGAGCGCAGGGACCCCGGCCCAGAAUUUAUGCCUGUCUGCCAUCUGUGGAGUGCCCACCUUCUUCAUCUUUGCCUCAUAGAAUCUCUAGUUCCCUUCAAGACUUAGUUCAAGCACCACUUAACACAGGCUCUAAGUGAAGGGAUAAUUUCUAUUCCAAUGUGGGAGUAUGAAUUGAGAAGUCAAAAAAGUACUCAAAGGAUAACUGCGGUUGUGGUGGAUUGAAGAAACAUGGAUUUCUACAGCAUUAUUGGCAUUGUUUUUACCAGUUUUCUCAUGUUUCAGCUUCUUUUCCACGUUGUAAGUUCUUGGUUUUCAGCACAAGUAACCUCAGGUUUUAACAAACUAAGCACCCAAAAGAAGAUUGAAUGGAACUCAAGAAUUGCAUCCACAUUCCAUUCCUUGCUGGUUGGUUCUUUAUGCUUAUAUAUUUUAUUUUUUGAUGAAGCUACUAUAGCUGAUCCCCUUUGGGGUGACCCUUCACUUGUUCAACUGAAUCUUGCCAUCGUUUCAGGCUACCUCCUCUCUGAUAUAUUUCUUAUCCUUUUAUACUGGAAGGUGAUUGGUGAUAAGUUUUUUAUCAUUCACCAUUCAGCAGCUUUAUAUGCAUACUUCUUUGUACUGACACAAGGAAUGCUGGGAUAUUUCGGUAACUUUCGUCUCCUUGCAGAAUUUUCAAAUCCCUUUGUGAAUCAACGGUGGUUCCUUGAAGUGCUAGGAUAUCCCAAGUCUUCAAAAGCUAACAUCAUCAAUGGCAUACUAAUGACAGUGGUAUUCUUCAUUGUAAGGAUUGCAGUCAUAUUUCCUUACUAUAGUUAUGUGUAUGCUGAAUUGGGAACAGAAGGUUUCAACAGACUAGGAUUUGGAGCCCAAAGUGCCUGGAUUGGUUGCAGUUGUGUUUUAGAUGUAAUGAAUGUGAUGUGGAUGAUCAAAAUUUCAAAGGGAUGCCUCCGAGUCAUCUCUCUCAUAAGAAAGGAGAAAACCAGCGAGAGUCAUCAAAAUGGAAAACUUGACUAAAAAUGGCACAUUGAAAAACAAGCUACUUCAUUACACCCUGACAUUUGUGCCGAUAUGACAUUUCUUGGCAUGGUCUGUGCUUCUUUAUUAAUAUUUGCUAUUCAAGAUAUCCAUGACAACAUCUGUUUUUAACUUUAGGAAAGACAAACUAAGAGUAGCUUUUAUUCAAAGACACCUUUUCAGCUUUCCAGCUGCCUUAUAAGCAUGAAUACAACUUUAGGAGUUUAAAGAACAAUUUACAAAUACAAUGGAGAUUCUUCAGAAAUGUAUUACUUGCACUAGCAUUUUGUCACCAUGAAAAGAUGGCUGUGUUCAUGUGUGUGGUGCACUUUGUUUUAUCUGGUUAAUCCUGUCAACAGAAUUUAAAUAACCUUGAGCUCUCUUUUCUAUCAGUGUUUUCUUGGCAACCACUUGUAUGGGGCUUGGCUUCUGAAUAGUUAAUAUUAAUCAAGGGACUUUGGGGACUUUGGGAUGUGAAAUGGUGACUCAGGCACAGCUUGCCCAUUUAAAUAUUAGGAUGAAGUACUUUUGCUUCAUUAUAUGUAUCUAAUUAGCUCAAUCAUGGAAAAUAUUUCCUGCAUUGUGAGAUUUUUUUUUUGGUGUAUAAGGAUUUUGUAUAUAUGCUCUUUUUACAUUUUUCCCUUGUUUAUCAUGUCUGACUACAUAACAUUUUGGUUACUUGAUAACCAAAUUUUGGGGUUGGCUGAAAUUAAAAAACCAACCUUAAUUUAAGAGGUAUUUUAACAACUUGGGGUUUCUUAAUUCCCAGUUUAAAGCCUGGGUUCAAAUUCUGUGCUUCCUGAUGGAAGAAAUCAUGUCAUUAGAAAACUUAUUUCCCCCCUUUUUGUUAAUAAUUGACUUCAAGAGACCUAUUUUACAAAGUUUUCUCUAGAGCUGAGCACCUCUUUCCUUGAUAUGUGUUGAUGAAAGAAGAGAUUUGGGAAAAAAAAAUACCAACCAACUAGUAUUUAACAUUAGUAGGCAUGUCAGAAGGACAUUCCAAAUGUGCCUAUUCUAGUAUUUUAGCUCUAUCUCAUUUUGUUAAUCCCUCCAAAACUUCCAAAUAUUUGUUAGCAUCUUUUUGACAAGAUAUACUAAUGUUCAUCUGCAUUCUUAUUUAGUGUCUGAAAUAAUCAGCUUUUUACUAUCAGAAAGUAGACUUUCACUACAUGUGGUCAUUUACUAAGAAAAGCUAUUAAACAGGGUUUUAAAAAAAAUUCUUUCUUUAGCAUUUUAUCAAGUUAUCACUGUGGUCUAUUUUUAUAUUACACUAAGAACUGACAUAGACCUAAUUAAAAACUUCCAUGAGAGAGGAAUGAUUUCUCUAAAAAUGUCAGUAGGCGAUUAUGUGGUUAGGAUUAAAGAAUGAAUUGCGAGGAAAAAUGCUGUGAUUUUGCUGCCUUUUCUCCCUAUCCACCUACCUUGCAGAAGAUAAAUGAUUCUCUUGUGGUUUGCAAAAUCUUUGCUGCGUUUAGAGGCCAAUAAUCAUCAGUACCAGAGGUCGUCUUAUAUGUUAUGAUAUCUAUCAGAUACUUGAGGUAGGCCGUUUAUCUUCCUUUUUUAAAAUACCCUAAAAAUAUUUCAGGGUUUUUUGUUUUAUAUUUUUCUAGAGUUUAGACCCAGUGAUGUGUAGACAGUGCUUUUCAAGUUUUGUUUUUGUUUUCAUUUGGUCUAAAUGAAAAAGAUAAUGUAAUUAUGUACAUGUAUUGAUUAUCAGUGUUACCAAUUUAUCACAUGUAUGUAAAAGAGAGUAGUUUAUUUGCUGAAAGCCCGGUAACUGAAUUCUGUUGUUUUUGUUCUCUCUGUGAAAGGAAAAUACUUUUUUAUCCAACCAAGGAUGUACAUCAGGGAAUAAGUGAAUCUUAAUUUAAAAAAAAAGAUUUGUUUCAGGUAGGUUUCUAAUUUUGCACCGAAUUAUUUUCACUGGAAUAGAACUUUCACUGUUCAUAGUAUGAUGAAAGUUCCACUUUGAGUUGUAAAUGGCCUGAUAUAGUCAGCAAUGCAUUACUAAAUCAAAUCAGAGUUGUUUUUUCCAUUUGAUUCAUUUGUCCAGUCUGUUUACAGUCAUAAAACCAUUUGAAGAAAAAAACUUAAACCAUUUGGUUAAACUAUUGGCAUUUAUUUUUAAAAUCAUUAACACUUAUUUUAUCCUUAAAAUUAAUAGCACACUACCAGAAUCUUGCACAUAAACAGUCAAUAAAUAUUUAUUGACCUCAUUAUUUAGAUGGAAAAAUAGGACAAAUAUUUGUCUCAUCCCUACCUUUCUGACACACAUGCUGCUUUGGAAAUAUAUUCUUUUAGAAUGAAAUAAAUUUUGAAAUAAAAACCUUAGCUCUUAAGAUAUCUUUUUAGUUCUGAACAAAGAGAUUAAAAAGCUGCUUGAGAUAAAGACAGUAUAAAUUUAAUAUGCUGAGGUUCAGUGCAGUAUUUCCAGCUAAAAUUAUUCACAUUAUAACUGUCAUGAAUAGUACCUUUCAUUGAUGUAAGUACUUCAAAUAAAUCUAUUUUAACUGUCAUUUUAGAUUAAGGUGUUUUUACUUAUGUUAAUCAAAUAUUUAUUUGAUAUUUAUUUAUAUAUUUACUGCAUAUCAUUUACCAUAAGUUACUUAAUCUUAAAAUCUAAGUUCAGUCCAGUUUCAUUGCUGAUAUAAAACACAGGAAGUGAAAGACAGGCUAAUUUAACAGCUUGAAAUUCACAGUUCAUGGAAAAUAUAUUUCCUCAAACUUAGUUGUACUGUGAUUAUAACAUUCUGAUGGUUUAAUGGCUGAGAAUACCUCUGGUUAAGAGAUGAGACAUCUUAGCUACUAAAUAUUCUUAUUAGAUGGCUCUUAGAUGAAUCUUUUAGGGGCUCUAAUAUUGGAUAUGUAAUUCAAAUAGUUUUCAAAAUACAGCAAAUUGACAUAAAGAAAUUUUCUAACAACUUUUUUUGUAGGAAAUUAAUUGCAUUUUUGGUAACUUGACAUUACCAAAACUAAAACUUUCAAACUGCGACUUUAAAAAUCAGCAGAAAAUUUUGUUGCGUAAGUUCAUUUAAUUACUCAUGUGAUUGUCCAUGCAAGAUCAGAGUUAAGUAUUAGCUGUGUAAGUAAUUAACACAAUUAAGUAUUUUCUUUGGGCAAAUGAAAGAAUUAGAAGUUUGAGUUUGCUUUCUUAUUAUAAAAUCCUCUUAGUGAAGAAUGUGUGCAAUUGUUUAAAAUUCAGAGUGAUAGGUUACAGGAUGUUUAUGAAAGAUAGGGAAAGUUCUUUAUUAUACGUUUGUUUUCAGUCCAGCUGCUAAAAAUAUGUAACAUUUGUGGAAAAGUUCUGUGUUGAAAGAGAUAUAAUAGUUACAUGCCUUGAUCAACUUUAAAUAACUUCAAGUGACUUAAAUGUACUGGGCAGAAUUUAGUAUAGUCUUAAAAGUCUAGUUAAAAUUUACAUAGUUUAGAGCAAAUAUUUAAAUAAAACUCUUUUCUAAAAUUUAAAAAGAAAUUUGACUCGAAUUACAUUUUUACUAAUGUAGGUUUUUUAAAAAAAAUAUUUAGGCAUAAAAUUUGUAUACCUUCUUUGAAGUACAUGUAGAGUUUUGGUGAUAUAGUCACCAAAAAAUUGGCCUUCAUUUUUGAGAAAAGCUGACUUCAAUGUCAAUUGCAAGAUUAGUUUAUAGUGCAUGUAGCACAAGGGUUGCCCAAUAAAGGGAUGUAGGGGUAGGUGUUGCUGUGGUUUCCAAAUGUAUUCUUCUAGUUCCUGGAAGAAAAUUUGCUUUGUCCAAAAGGUAGUUGUAUUACUGGGGAUAUUUAAAAUAAGUCACUUUAAAUGUUUUUUAAAUUUGUUCUUUUAAAUGUUUUUUAAAAUUGCAGUUGUCCCAAACCAAAAAUUUGGCAGAAGUGGUUCUAAGUUGGCUAACCUGAAAAUAUGUUUGUAAUUGUUAAUAUCAGUUGUUAACAGUCAUUCAGCACAGAACAUGAAGUUGUAGAUGAGUGGCUAAUGCCUCACUAGAUCUGAACAAAGCAGCAUAGACCCAUUAGGGCCCCGAGCUGGGUAAGGUUAUCAGAGAGGAGCUCUUUUACCUAUAUGUGAAGAGUGCUUUGGGUACAGAUACCGCCCUCCCCUCCCCAGUCCCCUUCUAACCCAGACCAGUUCACCAUGUUUUUCACUGGUUCCUCUGAGCCUGCCUACCACUAUCAUUCUCCCACAGCACUUGACUAGUAUAGCCUCUGUUAAUGUCUCCCUUCCACUAGACCCUCGGGCCUCAGGUGUGUUGGGUAAAUUAAGAAAUUUAUAAGUUCAUUGUGGCAUAUACGCACAUACAAGACUUGGAAGGAUUAUAUGAAGAUAUGAGUGAGUGAAGACUGAUCAAACCAUGUUUUGUGAGAUAGCUCUAGAAAGUCGUUCAGUCCAAAUAGAAAUGGUUCUCUAGUAUUUAAAAAUAUUUAAGAAUCUUAACACCUGUUUAUUGUGUGAGAGAAAGCUAAAAAUGAUGUCGUUUCACUGGAAAAUGUCUGUAACUUCUGAUGAGAAGGUGGUUGGAUGAUACUUCAUGAGCUGCUUAGGGACCUUAAUACUUGGUCUUGGCAUUAUCUCUUCAUCAGUUCCACCAGUAAAGAAGUGAGCUAACGUAUUUUGCAAAAGUAUAACACCAAUAAUCUUUUCUUUUCCAAAUCUGAGUCCCAAGUAGCCUAUGAUUUCUUUGAUGAUAACAGUAUGUGAAUGGGGAGAACAUUUUGGAGAUGAGUGAAGAAUCAAAGGCAGCUAUAAUAAAAGAAUGAUUUGCAAUGAAAAUGUUUACAUUGAUUCCCUUUGAGGAAAGGACAUGUCUUGAUGUGAGGCCCUAUGCUUGGGACCAAGGGCAAUGGAAAAGACUAUCUCCAUAUUGAAAAAUAAGUUUCUUUGCAUAAAGGAAUACCUCUGGCUGAAAACUCGUUAAGCAUUGGCUAUAUAAUUUUUCCUUUGUACCUCUGUAUGACCUUGUAAUUAAAUGACGCAAGGGUUAUUUGCUACUUCCUGGUAAAUGAAACCUAAAUCACAAAAGCAAACAAAAUAUUGUGUAUUUUUCUUCCUCUCUUGCCUGAUUGUUGAAAUAUGGUAUAAUUAUGUCUAUAUUUUAAGGGCUUUUAUGUAAACAUAGAAGACACUAGAUUUUUAGUACUUGCUACCAAGAAAUGUAUGAGAAUGUUUUAAAAUUUUUUAUCAAAAUUUUUAAUAUAAAAGUCAUUUAAAGUUAUGGAUUUUAUUUGAAAAAUAUAUGCACAUUGCAAUAAAUUCAAAUAUUUAGAUAUUUUAGAUGGAAAUGAACUACAUAUGUAAUGCUUGCACACAAAUUCUAUGUAAAAGAAUAAACAGCAUAUGCUAUUUAAAACCUCA